UGAAACCGCUGCGUCACUGUUUUGCGACGGUUCUUCUAAAAAGAGAACAGGAAGCAACAGGGCGGCGGAGUCCGGGGAGAAAGUUAUUGUAGUUUGGGGUGGAAGUUUGUCAUCGGAACUUUACCGGGUUUACCGGGUUUACCGGCGGGGUGAAGGAGGACGUGAGCCGGGGAGAGGAGCCACCGGAGCCCCGGGGAGAGAGAGACCCAGAGCCGGGGGAUGACAGGCUGAUGUUCCGGGAUGUGCAGUGACGGAGCCCCAGAUAUGGAUUACAAGGUCGUGUUCGCAGCCUUGGAGACGGUGUGUGAAGACAACUUUUCUGCCUUGUGUGGAUCCUCCGAGUCACCGCACGGCACGUCCGCCAGCCGCCUGGUCACGUGUCUGAGAGAGAUCCAGGGCCAUGGCCGGGCGCUGGAGCCGGUGGUCGCCAGCCUCAACGCCGUUUACCACCUCUACGACUUCGACGAACAAACGCCUGGGAACGGCUACCGCACCCUGGUCAAAGUCUUGCAGUCCUGCCUUCUACACAUCAUAAACAAUGGCCGUUACAUUGCCGACAACUGCAACGGCGCCUUCUUCAGGGCCGAGCACAACGCCUCUGAGAUGGAGGCGUACUGCAGCGCCCUGUGCCAGCUGCGGGCGCUGCUCCACCUCGCCAAGCAGCUGAUCGACGACAACGAAAUCGGCCAGCUGUACUCGCGGCAGGACACGGAGCUGACCCGCAGGUUCGUGCAGGAGUACAGCUCCAUGCACAAGGCGUGUUUCUACGGACGCUGUCUUGGCUUUCAGUUCUCUCCAGCUCUUCGUUCAGUUCUCCAGACUGUUGUCAUAAGCAUGAUUUCAUACGGAGAGAGGUACGGUAGACAGCAGUCACGGUUCGGUGAGUUUCUAACGGUGUCGGUGGAGGUUGAAUUCUCGUUUUCCUGGCGUGAUCAUCUUUUAAAAUACGUUUUCUCUCUCGCUCCAGGCAUGGCGGCCCUGUCUCUCCUCACAUCAGGGAAGUACGUCAUCGAUCCAGAGACACGAGGCACCCAGUUUGAACGCAUCACCCAGAACCUGGAUGUACAAUUCUGGAAGUCUUUCUGGAACCUCACGGAGUCCGGCCUUAUAUCGGGUUUAACCAGAAUAAGUUCGAACCCAGUGCAGGUGAACCUCACCCUGACUGUGCCUCCUCUCCUUCUCCGCCUUCCUCUGGCCUCAGACCCGAGUCUAACUGCUGCUGUGUCGCCUCCAAUCGCUCACUCGGGCCCGGGGCCGGUCCACAUGCGUCUGAUCUCCCAUGAGCUUCGAGAAGGACAGGACAGUGAAGAGCUGCUGGCUUUUUCCGACACUCCCACCACCGCCUCUCAUCGGCCCUGGGUGCAGAGGCAGCCUCUCUCCCCCUGGCUGCUCAUCCACUUCCACGGAGGAGGUUUCGUGGCCCAGACCUCCAGAUCUCAUGAGCAUUAUCUCCGGACCUGGUCGAGGCAGCUGAAAGUGCCCAUCCUGUCUGUCGACUACUCUUUGUCACCUGAAGCGCCUUUUCCCAGAGCUCUGGAGGAGUGUUUCUACGCCUACUGCUGGGCACUGAAAAACUGUCACCUCCUGGGCUCCACAGCGGAGCGGGUUUGUCUGGCGGGGGACAGCGCUGGAGGAAACCUCUGCAUCACUGUGUCCAUGAAGGCCAUGACCUGCGGCAUCCGAGUCCCUGACGGCAUCAUGACCGCCUACCCCGCCACCCUGCUCACCACAGACGCCUCGCCCUCCCGCCUGCUCACACUCAUCGACCCACUGUUGCCUUUAGGGGUUCUUGCAAAGUGCCUCAAUGCCUAUGCAGGUAUAGACUGUCGCGAGGUGCAGCCUGCAGUGGAAAGCAACAGUGUGACCACUCUGGGCAGAGACACACUCGGGGUGCUCGGGGAUCUCACCAAGGGAGCCUCCAACUGGAUCCACUCCUUUCUGGACCCCGUGCUGAUCUCCAGUGGAGCCCGCUCCCAGUCGUCACUACAGAGGAGGACCGAGAGCAGUGAAACACGCAGGACGUCAACUCCCACCGCCACACAAACCUCUGGGGACCACCCGGAGUACCCACAAGGCUUUGUGCCCCUGCGCGCCGAGUGCCUGGCUGUACUUCUCCCGACCACCUCUCCUGUUUUUAGGAACCCGUUUGUUUCACCUCUACUGGCUCCGGAAAACCUGCUGAGAGGUCUGCCGCCUGUAUACAUCGUGGCCUCUGCUCUGGACGCCUUGCUGGACGACUCUGUGAUGUUUGCUAAGAAGCUGCGAGACAUGGGCCAGCCCGUGAGUCUGACGGUGGUGGAGGACCUGCCUCACGGCUUCCUCAGCCUCUCACAGCUCGCCAAGGAGACGGAGGUCGCUUCAGAAAUCUGCAUUGAGCGAAUUAGGCUGAUUUUUGAGCAAGAAAACCCAACGCCUGCUCCCCGCAGCCAGUCAAAGCAGGAAGUGGCGUAACAGAGAACCAAGCCAUGACUUAUUAAUCUGUCAUUCCAGCUGUUUUUGAAUGAAGAAGAGAACUGAUGUUUCGUGGUAGAAUAAGUUUAAGGAAACAAAUCAGGGAGAAUAAUGAAGAUGCACCUAAAACUGUAGAACUGGAGGAAGCUUAUAGGGAAACUGCACUUGAAUCUUCCACUGCACGACAUUUUCUGAAGACAAAGAUGUUCAAGAGAUCCACUGAAACCUUUAACUUUCCACGAUUAUGCUUAACUAUUAUAUCAUUAUAUUAUCGGAAAUCAUGACAGAAAAAAGGUAUUUUUCUAUUAAGAUUUCUAUGUUGAAGAGGCAGAUUAAACGCACAUUUAAAAUAUUGCAAGCUGACUAAAACAAAAAGAUCACUUUAACCAGCACUGGUAUUGAUACAUAACAGUUACAGGAGCUAUUGUUCUUGAAUUUAAAGCAUUGCUGUAUUUGCAUAUGACCACAGUUAAAUGCUCACUUUUAUUAUUGUAUGAUUUAGAUAAAUAGUUUUACCUGGUUUUACCAGUUUGUCACAUGUUUACAGCAUUUUGAGGAGGCCUUCACCUUGUGUUUACCGGCAGUAUGUGGAUGUGUUUUACUGUAAAUUAAUUCUUUAUAGCUCUUAUAAGUAUUUAACACAGUUUAUUUAAAGCCUGUAUUAAAUCAGAACUCCAAUGAUCACUGGUGUUAAAAUAUUGUUUGUGUAUUUGAAGGUUUUGGACUUGCUAUGUUAGGUUGUGUGUGUUUGUGUGUGUGUAGCAGGGAGCGGCGCUGGGUUGAAGUGUUAAUGUUGUUUGUCGUUAGGAGGUGAUUUGUCACAGACUUGUGACAAAGCUGGAUGCUCACCAGUGCAAUUUCUCACGCAGAGAACGUGAGAUUUAAGAAAUUGAUUUGAAAUGUCAAGAAAAUGAAUAAGAAAGUUGCUUUGAAUGAUACAGAUAACAAAGCUGCAUAUGAAUGUUAAUUUGAAUGCGACAAGAAUACACUUACUCAUCAUUCCCUUUCCUAAUUUUGUUUUACUUUAAGUGACCUUUUUUUUUUUUUGCCGGUAGCCUUCUUUUACUGUUAUACACGUAAAAUAAAUAAUAUUUAUGUGGAUUUAAUCAAAACAGAGUUUUUCAUUGACAAAAUGGCUCUACUCAAUAUAUGAGGGCGAGGACAUGUUUUAUAUCUAUAUAAAUCAUGUAUGUUGUAAUGUUGAAAACAUUGUAAUAAAAUAAAGGAUGGUUUGAAAUUA